AUGAGCCACGGCUUCUGCAGAGCGCGCGCGGAGCGGACGCCCGCGGGGCCGCCCGGCGGGACGCAGCCCGGCCGCUCGGCCGCGCCCCCCGGGCCGGCGCCCCCGCCCGCCGCCGAGGCCCUGCGCGGCGCCGGGCCCUUCCUGCUGUACCCGGGCGCCGCCGACCCCUACGCGGGGGUGUUCCCGUGCCUGCCCUUCCCCGGCGCCCUCGGGGUCUACGACGGCCCCUUCGAGCCCGCCUUCAUCCAGAAGCGCAACGAGCGCGAGCGGCAGCGCGUCCGGUGCGUGAACGCGGGCUACGCGCGCCUCCGCGGCCACCUGCCCGGCGCGCGGGCCGACAAGCGGCUCAGCAAGGUGGAGACGCUGCGCGCCGCCAUCCGCUACAUCAAGCACCUGCAGGGGCUGCUGGGCGCCGCCCCCGACGGCGCCGCCCCCGCCGGCGCCCCGGAGCCCGGCCCCGCCGCCGCCUGCGUCUCCCCUCCGUCCUUGGAGUCGGAGGAAUCGGGACCCUGA